AGGCACCCGCUCCCUCGAUCCGGAGCAGCCUCAAUGAAUGAAACACUGGGGAAUAUCCACACGCACGCCACACGGAUUGUACGUCGGCCUUGACGGGCUCUAGUCAACAUGCGUUUUCCCUCCCGGAGCUUCAGCCCGAGCUGUACCGACGUGUGACCGACCGGCCGCCGGUGCGUCUUCUUCAUGCCCGCCCUUGCCGAGGAGUCACGCUGUGAUUGACGGAUCCGGUUUUUGACUGCCAGGACAAAUGAAUACAAAUGAAUUUAGGCACCCAAAGGAGAGAUUGCAAAACCUCUCAUCUAGACACAAAGAGAGCCCUCCUGCUCUGUGCCGUUUUCUACUGUACUUGUUACCUGGGACUUACACAAGUACACUCUGAAGAUGUGGACAUCCUCCAAAAGUUGGGGCUUCAGGGAGAUAAGCCAUCACGCUCCAUACCUGCUGGGGUCAUUCCCUUCAGAUCUGGAAUCAUCCUCAACCAACUGGCACACAUCGAGGGUCCGCUGCACUCCAUCUGGCCGACGGCCGUCUGGGCCGACGCCGCACUGGUCCUGAGUGUGCGCUCGCACAGAGUCAACAGCGCUUUCCUCUUCACCCUGCUCUCGGAGAAGAAGAAGCUCCUCCUCGGGCUGCAGCUUGUACCGGGCAGUCUAGUCCUCCACACGGGACCGAACACCUCGGUGGCGUUGCCCUACGAACCCCACGACGGCCAGUGGCACCAGCUGGCGGUGGGAAUUACAGGACAGAAAGUGACUCUAUAUGCCUCCUGCGGAGAGCAGAGUGUUCAUGUGGACUUUGGGUGGGGCAGUGACGAGGGACUGGCCCCGGAGCACCGGGACUCCUUCCUGCUGGGCCGCUCAAGCCACCAACAAGAUUGGGCGCACUUUGAAGGAGCCAUCUGCCAGUUUGACCUGAUCCCGUCUGCCCAGGCAGCUCACAACUACUGCAAGUACAUUAAGAAACAGUGCAGGGAAGCCGACACGUUCAGGCCUAAUCUUGCACCCUUGCUGCCCAUCUUACCGCGACAAAUCAACGCAUCAUCCACAGCUGCUCCCAAACACGGUAGCCUGAUAACCAAGAAGGCCACCGGGCGCAGCCUCGCCUGGAGCGUCGCGGCUGCCGCUUCUGCUGUCAGAUAUGUAGCCCCCAUCCAAACAAUAAAGCCAACCCCCGGGACCACUCCUACCCCUUUGCCAGGAACUGUGAUGCCGGUCACAGCUCAGCUCGGCCUAGCCUCUCCGCCGACCAAGGCCAGAACUGAAACUGUCACGGCUCCACUUGGGACCACAGCCGCCCCGACCAAACCACCUGCCACGGGACCAUCCACCUCUAAAACUGCAACCCCCAGAUUAACUUCUCCAAAUCCCACUACUCAAAACAAAAAGGCAAUUGCAGUAACAGAAAAGAAGAAGAUGAAACCCACUCCCACGGUUGCUUCAAGCCCGAACCCUUCCAAGAAAACACUUGACUCUGCUUUAUCAGCUCAAGCUCCAGCUCCAAAGAAACCGCAGCCGACCGCAGCUAAGAGAACCCCCACUAAGCCCAAAGUCAUACCAUCCAAAGCCACUCUCUCUAAGCCCAAGUUAAAUUCUGUCAAAGUGUUUCCCUCUAAACCAGCAGUAUCCAAAGUGAACCCCUCAAAACCCACUAUCUCCAAAACCUUUACUAAGACCGCCAAGCCGUACCCCGAGCAGGUCAUCAAGCCAACCAAGCAAGCCAGAGCCACCAAGGCCCCCAGCACCCCACAAGUUACCACACCUUGGUACAAUUUUGUAACAUCACCUGCCACUGACGGCUUCCAGAGCUGGGAUGUGGCACCGACUCAGUUCUCCCUGCUAGCCGGACCUGUCGGACUAAAAGGAGAACCUGGCCCAGCGGGACUUCAAGGACCUCCAGGGAAGCCAGGCCUGCCAGGCAAGAGGGGUGCUCGGGGUCCCCCGGGUCCCCACGGAAACCCUGGCCGACCUGGUCCAGCCGGGCUCAAGGGUCGAAAAGGAGAUCCUGCCAUCUCACCCGGGCCGGCCCCUAAAGGAGAGAAGGGCGACUCGGGAAUCAUCGGCCCGGUUGGAACGGCCGGCCUAGAAGGUCGAAAGGGACAGAAAGGUUACCCCGGUCCACCUGGACUCCCCGGAGAAUCUGGAGAGCAAGGUCCAGUCGGAAGCCCAGGUGCCAAAGGUUAUCCUGGCAGGCAGGGUUUACCUGGGCCGAUAGGACCUUUGGGGCCCAAAGGCGUGCGGGGUUUCAUUGGAAUCCCCGGGCUUUUUGGCCUCCCCGGGCCUGAUGGAGAAAGAGGCAUUCCAGGCGAACCAGGCAAGAGGGGCAAGAUGGGUAGGCCGGGGUUUCCGGGGGACUUUGGGGAGCGGGGACCGCCCGGAGCAGACGGAGAACCAGGCCAGAUGGGAGCCCCUGGUCCAAACGGAGUUGUCGGACUAAUUGGUGACAUGGGACCUGUUGGCGAGAUGGGCCUUCCUGGACCCAGUGGACUGAAGGGGGUUCCCGGAAAUCCAGGAGAACCAGGACUGAAAGGUGAUAAGGGUGACAUCGGGCUUCCCGGCGAGCAAGGCGAGAUAGGGUUCAAAGGAGACAAGGGCAUCCAGGGCGCUUCAGGACCGCCUGGCCUCCGUGGGAAACCAGGAGCACAGGGCAGUCCGGGGGACAAAGGCCCCGAUGGCGCACCGGGACCAUUAGGCCCCGAGGGUUUCCCUGGCGACAUGGGACCACCGGGAGAAAAUGGCCUCGAAGGACCAAAGGGAAAGCUGGGCGCAAGAGGUUUACCAGGGCCACAGGGUUUACCUGGCUUGGAGGGAGACGAGGGCCCGAUCGGACCUCCUGGACCAACAGGAUUUGAGGGUCGACUGGGCAGAAAAGGAUUUCCCGGGAAGGUCGGGCCUGAAGGAGUGAAGGGAGAGACUGGGAUAACGGGAAAAGUUGGCGCCAUGGGAGAAAGAGGUUUAGUGGGUUUCAUCGGACCUGUGGGCGAGGUGGGAAUGGCGGGAGAGAAGGGGGACCGAGGGACGAUGGGUCUUCCCGGACCACCUGGAGAGAAAGGCUCCGAUGGUCACCCGGGGACACCGGGGGAGACCGGGCCGUCAGGACCACCAGGAAGACCAGGAACCCCUGGGGCGACGGGGCCCGCAGGUACCAGAGGAACCAAAGGCUCGCGGGGCGCGACGGGGCCCGACGGUCCGACGGGAGAGAUGGGGUCAGAGGGCAAGACGGGUCCAGACGGUCCCCCUGGAAAAAUCGGCUUCCCCGGACCCCAGGGUAAAAUCGGGGAGUCGGGGGAAACCGGGCCGAAAGGCUUUCCUGGUGUCCAAGGGUCGUCGGGGUCACCGGGGGACAAGGGAAUCGCCGGCGAGCAGGGGGCGCCCGGACCGCCUGGAACUCUGGGACUGUUGGGGGAAAUUGGUCAAAAGGGUCCACCGGGUAGCGUGGGAGAACCAGGACUGCCAGGCGAGCCAGGGGACAAGGGAGCCAUCGGCGCAGACGGGAACAUGGGAGAGCAGGGACUCAUCGGCCCUCGGGGCGAGCCGGGUUUGGAGGGAGAGGCUGCUCCUGCUGGUCCCGAUGGAACUAAGGGUGAAAAGGGCGACAUGGGCCAGGAGGGCGACAACGGUGAAAAGGGCGAAAGUGGUUUAAAGGGAAAGGAGGGCCCGCCCGGAAGUCCCGGAAUCCCUGGUGUCAGAGGCCAAGAAGGGAAAUCUGGUGAAAUUGGAGAAAGAGGCAAACUAGGACCAAAGGGCGCCAAAGGCCACCAAGGCCACCUCGGGGUAACCGGGACAGUGGGCAAGACCGGACCGCAGGGCAGCGUUGGGCCCAAGGGCUCCAGAGGGACCAUCGGACACGUGGGCGCUCCAGGCCGAAUGGGUCCGCAGGGGGAAACGGGCCUUUCAGGUUAUGAGGGCCAUCGGGGACCGUCUGGCCCAAUGGGGCGCCCGGGACCAAAAGGUGAAAAGGGCGAGCAGGGGGACGACGGCAAAACCGAGGGUCCUCCCGGUCCUCCGGGUGACAUUGGUCCACCGGGCGACAGGGGAGAAAGGGGGGAAUCGGGCGACCCGGGCUACAAAGGUCAAGUUGGCGUGGAUGGCGAACGAGGCCGAGCCGGCGCUCCUGGACUUCCUGGUCAUCCUGGACCGCGAGGCAUUCAAGGACCCAAGGGGGCCAAAGGAGCUCAAGGUCAAAAGGGCAAAAGGGGUCAGGCGGGAGCCAAAGGCGCCCGAGGAACUGAGGGCGCAGCCGGCCCGAUCGGGCCCAGAGGUGUGGUGGGCAGAGAGGGACGGGAGGGCGUGCCCGGGACGGACGGGACGCCGGGAAAGGACGGAAGCAAAGGCGUGCCGGGGGAGCAUGGAAAUGAUGGAGAGACUGGCCUCCCAGGCAAAGCCGGCUCUCGUGGCAAGACCGGUGUUACAGGACUCCCUGGAGAUCAGGGGGCAUUUGGACCAAAGGGGGAGCGAGGUCUUCGCGGACAGAGCGGACCUCCGGGCAAAAGGGGCUUCCGAGGUGGAACGGGACUUCCUGGGACGCGAGGACAAGCGGGACCCAAAGGACAACCUGGUGACGUCGGUGAAUCUGGCUUUCCAGGAAUCUUUGGAGUUUUUGGUCCAAAAGGGCCUCCAGGAGACUAUGGUCCCAAGGGCAUUCGAGGACCAAAGGGGCCACAAGGCGCCAUGGGCAGAAGCGGUGUCAUGGGCCCUGAAGGAAUUAUUGGCCCCAGUGGAAGCGCCGGCCCCAGAGGAGAGAAAGGCAACCGUGGAGCCAUGGGAGCACAAGGACCGAGGGGAGCUCCUGGACCUCGUGGACGACCUGGACCACCAGGUCCCAUUCGUGUCCCCCCAUCAUUUAAAGAGGAUGGUCUUUUGUACAUGGAUUCACACAGCCAGCUCAGGAAUGAGAAUAAGCUAGUGAUGGACCUGCCCAUGCUGGACCAGGGUGCAGAGAUCUUCAAGACCCUCCACUACCUCACUAACCUGAUCCAGAGCCUCAAGAACCCACUGGGCACCAGGGACAAUCCUGCUCGCAUCUGCAGGGACCUGCACAGCUGUGACCACAAGUUAAAUGACGGCACUUAUUGGAUCGACCCUAACCUCGGCUGCACGUCCGACACCAUCGAAGUCUCCUGCAACUUUACAGCUGGCGGACAGACUUGCCUGAAACCAAUAACUGUAUCCAAGCCAGCAGUCAGCGUAGGCCGCGUGCAGAUGAACUUCCUCCACCUGUUGAGCGCCGAGGCGGUCCAGCACGUCACCAUCCACUGCCUGAACAUCUCCGUCUGGAGCGCCGCCCAGCAUUCGCCGGCUUCCCGGGAAUCCUCGGUGCACUUCAAAGCGUGGACCGGCGAGAUUUUUGAGGUCGGAGGAGAGCUGGAGCCCGACGUGGUGGAGGAUUCUUGCUGGAUGAAAGACGGCCGCUGGCACCAGGCCCGAUUCGCGUUCCGCUCCCUGGACCCGUCCCUGCUCCCCGUGAGCGACGUGCUCCAUCUCCCCGAGACCGGCCCCGGAUCCCACUACCACCUGGAGAUCGGUCCCGUCUGCUUCGCGUGAGCCGGGAAGCGUCAUCUUGGUGGAACUCCAGCCCAGCCCGGCCCUCCCCUCGCCAACCAGCCUGUGCCGACCUCUCAUUGAGGGGAGCAGAUGAGGAGGAGCAGGGGGAGUUCUUGCACUAAUAUCCUCUCAAUAGCUUCUUCCAGCUCCUCCGUGAAAUGAACCAAAACAAAAAAAUAGGCCUGCACCAUCUCUCUGGAACAUUUCCAAGUGAAGGGACGCCUGGUGGGCCAAUC